AUGGAAGGUGCCUGUGCUUACCCACCAUGUGAAAAAGGACCGGUCUGCCACAGAUUACCAUCUAGUGCCCCAGUGGAUAAGCCAGGCCACUGCGGCAAACCGACCGGGCCCGCUGACUGUCAGCAUGCCUGUACGUCAGAUCACGAGUGUCCUGGAACUCGCAAGUGCUGCAGCAAUGGCUGCGGCAUGUCUUGUAGUCGACCAAUGUUGACAGUGAAAGAAGGCACCUGUCCACAUUUUCAACAUUCAAUGAUAGAAAGCUGCAUGGUGGUGUGUCACUUGGACCAGGAAUGCACUGGAUCUCAGAAGUGUUGCGCCACUGGUUGCGGCACGACUUGCACGGAACCCAUAACCAUCAAGACGAAGCCGGGGAUCUGUCCAGCCAUGAUGCUCGUCAACCACUGCUUCUCCCAAUGUGCAUCCGACGAGAGCUGUCCCAGCUUUGAGAAAUGCUGCAAAAGCGCGUGCGGGACGUCCUGCCAGAAGCCGGUCGGGGUGGUGACCAGUACGACCACGGCGAGGCGGUGUCCCAAGGACGUGGUCGUCGCCACUGAUUGCUGGAACAGGUGUUCAUCUGAUGAAGACUGUUUUCACAAUGCUAUGUGUUGUAAGACGUCCUGUGGACGAGUUUGUCUGAGUCCAUCUGAGGGGUCGUCUUUUUACCCACAGCUCGGAGAAGAAGCGAUUGUAUUGUCUACAAUAUCAUGAUUGCUGAAAUAACUAAAUGGAAUAAAAUGCUGGGAACAUG